GGGGAGGUGUGAUUGAAGGGGGGCUGUAAGGAAACCCGGCCCUGCCCCGGCCCUGACCCCCCCCCUGGCCGCGCAUGCUCCAGGCUGGACAGCUCCUGAGAGGGAAAUUUAAACUGCGGGCAGUAGGACGGCCCUGCCGCAGCACCGACGGGAGCUCCGGCCCCGCACGGCCCCGCUCCCAACCUCCCAACAGCCCGACGAGCACCGAGCCGUCCCACUGAAGGGGGGAGAAGCAACGCCGGGCCCUGAGGGCCGCCAGGAGAUGAUAGAGAGCGAUCUGCCAUCCAUGAUGUCAGGACUCAUCCGGAGCUCAGGGCACAGCCAGCACGCUGCCCAGGAGUACAGGCUCUUAGCUUCCGACCCCUCCCAGCUGAGCGAAGAUGACCUCCCCAGUGACUUGCAGUCCUUGUCGUGGCUGACAUCUGUUGAUGUUCCUCGGUUACAACAGAUGGCCAGUGGAAGAAUGGAUUUUGGCCUUGGUGCCCAGAAUGCAAUGCUACAACAGACAGGUCCUGUGGCAAGCAAUAUUCACUCCACAGGAUCACCUGGAGCAAUGAUUCAUGUCCAGGCCAGCCUGCCACAGGGAGUCCUGGGACUGAAUUCUAUUUCAUCACAUGGAACAAACAUAAGCCAGUACUCUGUAGGUGGCCAGCCCUCUCCUAGUUUACAGACACAGCAGCAGCUCUUCCCUCCUCAUCCACAGCAAGUGUUUGCCAUAGCCCAGAGUACACAACAGUGUAACCCAGCAGCGAUCUACAACACAUCGUAUGGCACCCAGCCACAUUAUCCUCAGCCACGCCUGGCUCCUCACUCUGCCCAAGAACUGCAUCCAAAGCAUUACCCCAAGCCCAUCUAUUCAUACAGUUGCUUAAUUGCAAUGGCACUGAAGAACAGCAAGACAGGCAGUCUCCCCGUGAGUGAGAUCUACAGCUUCAUGAAGGAGCACUUUCCCUACUUCAAGACAGCCCCCGAUGGCUGGAAAAACUCCGUGCGUCAUAACCUGUCCCUGAAUAAGUGCUUUGAGAAGGUGGAGAACAAGAUGAGCGGCACCUCUCGCAAGGGAUGCCUGUGGGCUCUCAAUCCUGCCAAGAUUGACAAAAUGGAAGAGGAGAUGCAGAAGUGGAAGCGGAAGGACUUAGCUGCCAUUCACAGAAGCAUGGCUAACCCAGAGGAGCUGGACAAGCUGAUUACCGACAGACCUGAGAACUGCAGGCGCUCCAGUAAACAGGCAGAACCCGAGAUCCCUACCCUGAACCACAUGGCAGCAGCCCAAGGCCGAAUCUCCAUCUCCCAGCUGCAGCCCCAACCCAUCAUGACACUCUCGCUGCAGUCUGUCCCUCUGCAUCACCAGAUCCAGACCCAGGCUCGCAUCGCACCGGACUCCCCAGCACCUGCACAGACACCUCCUCUCCACACUCUGCCUGACAUCAGCCACAGCCCUCUGCCCCACCACCCCAUGGGCCGUGCCCCUCCCGACUACCUGAACAUGACCACAGACAUGAACACAGAGGUGGAUACUCUGGACCCAAGCAUUAUGGAUUUUGCAUUGCAAGGUAACAUAUGGGAGGAAAUGAAAGAUGACAGCUUCAGCCUUGACACCCUGGGUGCCUUCAGCAACUCACCCCUGCACCUCUCGGACUGUGACCUGGGCACUCCCGGCCUCACCCCCAUCUCCAGUGGCAGCGAUCACUCCCUGUCAGACUUUCAGGUCACAGGCCUUUAUACCACUUACACCCCCGUGGACAACGUAGCAGCAACUCAGUACAUGAACCCUCAAGGCAACAAACCCAUCGCUCUGCUCUGAAUGCUGCACCGUUCCAUGGACCUUGAAUUCAGGGGGCCAGUUUCUCCCAGCCCUUCAAAUCCAACCUGAAAGCAAUAAAACAGCUCCUCCUGCAGA